CCCCACGUGCCCCCUCAGCCCCUCCCCCGCGCCCCCCAAACGCUGUUGGGGCCGGCCCAGCUGGCCGGGCCAUGGCGGGACGGGGCGGCGCCGCGCGGCCCAACGGACCGGCCGCCGGGAACAAGAUCUGCCAGUUCAAGCUGGUGCUGCUGGGGGAGUCGGCCGUGGGCAAGUCCAGCCUCGUGCUGCGCUUCGUCAAGGGCCAGUUCCACGAAUACCAGGAGAGCACCAUCGGGGCGGCGUUCUUGACGCAGACGGUCUGCCUGGACGACACGACGGUCAAGUUUGAGAUCUGGGACACGGCAGGGCAGGAACGCUACCACAGCCUGGCCCCCAUGUACUACCGCGGGGCCCAGGCUGCCAUCGUGGUCUACGACAUCACCAACAUGGACACGUUUGCCCGGGCCAAGAACUGGGUGAAGGAGCUCCAGCGCCAAGCCAGUCCCAACAUCGUCAUCGCGCUGGCCGGGAACAAGGCCGAUCUGGCCAACAAGAGAGCCGUGGACUUCCAGGAAGCACAAGCCUACGCAGACGACAACAGCCUGCUGUUCAUGGAGACGUCAGCCAAGACGGCGAUGAACGUCAACGAGAUCUUCAUGGCCAUAGCCAAGAAGCUGCCGAAGAACGAGCCGCAGAGUGCGGGGGCCGCGCCAGGGGGCAGGAAUCGGGGCGUCGACCUCCAGGAGAGCAGCCCGUCCAGUCGCAGCCAGUGCUGCAGCAGCAACUGAGCCGGCGGCCCCCCAACCUUCGCCCUCUCCCUUCCUCCCUCUCUUUCUCUCUCUCUUUUUUCUCUCUCCCUUUCUUUCUUUCUGUCUCUCUCACCUCCCUCCAUCUCCUGACUGGAAUCUACUCUAACCAAUCGCACUUAACAAGGCCGGGCCCCUGCCGCCCCUGCCCCGGGGGCCCGCCAUGAUUUCUUCUCCACAUACUCCUGACCGCAGGCUCAAGGGGCCACUCCCGCCCCGCCUCCGAUCCCUUCCCCUUCCUGUACAAUACUAAUCCCAUUUUAAGUCUUAAGUCCUUUUUUAAUAUAUAUAUGAACUCUGUUUGCCCCCACUUUCCCCACCCUCCUGGAGCGAUAGGUCUGAUCCUUUCUCCCCAGCUGCGUGGGAGCAUACUCUCUUUUGCCUCGUUUGCUGGGACCAGUCUGGGGUAUGCCCCCUCCUCACCCCCACCCCACCUCCUCACUCUCCACAGGGUGACCGUAGGCCGGGAGCUUCUUGGUCUUUGUUUUGGGGGGUGGUUUGGGGUGACGGUGGCAGAAGACUCCUCUGUGGGCUGUGCCUCAUGCCUCCCCUGCCUCCGGUCCCUUCCUACCCUUGGGAACAGUGGGCGGAUCGGCCCCCGGCCCCCUUCCGGAACCCGCCCCCCGUCCCUCCACUCCUUGGGGCCACACCCAAGUUUGACCAAAUCCUAAUUAUGAGUAUUGGGGGGGGGGGGGGGGGAGUGAGGGAGGGGGACAGUGACCUUUUCUGUAUUUUGUAUUGUUUUCUUCACCUUGUAACCGAUCAGUAUCUUGUCAACAAUACAGUCCACCCGGGCUA